AUGCCUCCAGAGGAGCUGCCCCAGGGCUACCAGGAUGAGGAGCAGAGAGUAGAAGAGCUUGAGGAACCAGAGCAGCAGGAGGACAUGGCAGCAGAGGAGCAACAGCAGGAAAACAACGAGGAGGAGGCGCAAAGGAAAGAAGAUCUCAAUGAGAGCAUCAACUCUGAGCCACCUGAAGAGGCUGAGCUGCAGCAGCCUUCCAAGGAAGAUGGUACAAAGGCAACAGAGGGAAGUGCUGAGGUCUUACUUAGUGAUCUACAUUCCUUCUCCGGGACAGCGGCCUGGGAGGACAGUGGCAAGCAUUUCCAUGUCACCACCCUCUAG